AUCCGGUGCUGUGUGUGUAUCCAGUGGGGGGAGGCUGGCCGCAGCAAUCACAGUGAUACCAGGUCAGAGAAGGUUUUUGUCAAUUUGCCCUCUCUACAGAACUGGUCGUUUAUGGCUCCUUAAUGGGUGACAGCGAGAGGACAAGGACAGAGAGAGGCAGAUCCUAAUUGGAAGAGUUAGCAGUGAUGGAAAGCUUUCCUUUUAGCCUGGUGUUAUAUUUUUAGUCCCAUGGGGACAGCAUCAUCCCUGGUGAACCCAGGGGAGGUUAUUGAAGACACGUAUGGUGGAGGUGGAGGAGAAUCCUGUGAGAUCCCUGUAGAAGUGAAACCCAAAGCACGUCUUCUACGUAGCUCUUUCAGACGGGGCCUUAGAGUCACUGGAGCAAGUUUUAAAUCCACAGCCUCUGUGGACCUGGAAUAUGCCGCUGAAUACGAGAGGCUGAAGAAGGAAUAUGAGAUCUUCAGGGUCAGCAAGAACAAUGAGAUUGCCUCCAUGCAAAAGAAAGAGGUCAAACUGGAUGAGGAGAACAAAAGACUGAGAGCGGAGUUACAGGCUCUGCAGAAAACCUACCAGAAGAUACUAAGAGAGAAAGAGAACGCUGUAGAAGCUAAAUAUCAGGCAAUGGAAAGAGCCGCUACAUUUGAACACGACAGAGACAAAGUGAAGAGACAGUUUAAGAUCUUUAGAGAAACAAAAGAAAAAGAGAUCCAGGACUUACUGAGAGCCAAACGAGAUCUUGAAGCAAAAUUUCAGAGGUUACAGGCCCAGGGAAUUCAGAUGUUUGAUCCUGGGGAAUCAGAUUCCGAUGACAACAGUACGGAAGUAACUGUUCCUGGCACUCAAUGUGAUUAUUGGACCGGAGGAGGAUUGGGGAGCGAACCUUCAAUGGGUAGUAUGAUGCAACUGCAGCAGUCAUUCCGAGGACCUGAGUUUGCUCACAGUUCCAUAGAUGUGGAGGGGCCAUUCGCAAAUGUAAACAGAGAUGACUGGGAUGCUGUAGUUACUAGCCUAUUACAGGUCACGCCGCUGUUUUCUCAAUCCCUUUGGAGUAACACUGUUCGGUGCCACCUGAUGUACACCAAGGAAGCUAAAACUGAAGUGGACAUCUUCCUGACGGAAUACUCCCCAAAACUUCAGCGAAUAUGUGAGACUUUGGGCUUUUUCUUUCAAGUGGCUUAUUUUCCUGAAGAAUGUGAAAACCAUUGCUUGUCUGCACGCAAAUGGGAAACUGAAAAAAGUUCCCUGGUUCUUUUAUUCAUGGGUUCCACCUUGCCAAGCUGCCUAAAGGAGGACUAUAAACAAGCAUUCCUGAAGAACAUGGAGGCAAAACCUCGUAUCAUUUAUCACAAGAUGGAGGACCAAACAGCCACCUCAGACUGCAUCCAGGAGCUACUGGAGCAAGACCCAAAUACAUCCAAUAAAACCAAGAUCAUUGAACACAGGGGAGAUCCAGACGAAGGAGCAUAUAAAACAUAUUGUCAGCUGGAACAAGUUAUUAAGCAGGAUAUGUUGGGCAUUGAGAUUUCUGACCCUGAUGCUAAAGAUGACCCAGGUGUUCCAGAGGAUGACAACUUUGGGGACUUGCUGUGGGAUGUUCAUGAUGAACAGGAGCAGAUGGAGGCUUUCCAACAAGCUUCCCAGUCUACAUGUGAGCUAGGGUUCCAGAAAUAUUAUGAUCGCCUAAAUGACUUGGUGGCUGCACCUGCUCCCAUUCCACCUCUUCUUAUUUCUGGUGGUCCAGGAUCUGGGAAAUCACUGCUUUUGUCAAAAUGGAUUCAGCUUCAGCAGAAGCAAUCACCAAACACUCUGAUGUUGUAUCAUUUUGUCGGGAGACCCAUGUCCACCAGCUCUGAGCCAGCACUUAUAAUAAAAAGAUUGACUCUCAAGUUGAUGCAGUAUUCCUGGUCUAUAUCAUCUUUGUCUCUGGACCCUGGAAAGUUCUUAGAAGAAUUUCCGCACUGGCUUGAAAAACUUUCCAUUCGUUACCAGGGCAACAUCAUCAUUAUCAUUGAUUCUAUAGACCAGAUACAGCAAUCUGAAAAACACAUGAAGUGGCUAAUUGAUCCCUUACCAGUCAAUGUACGGGUAAUUGUUUCUGUGAAUGUUGAAAGCUGUCCUCAGGCUUGGAGAUUAUGGCCAACUCUUCACUUGGAUCCCCUGAAUUCAAAGGAUGUGAAGUCUCUUAUUAAUGUUGAAUGCAGCAGAGCAAGUAUUAUAUUGACCAAAGAACAGGAGAGAAAACUGGAAAGACACUGUCGGUCUGCAACAACAUGCAAUGCCUUAUAUGUGACUUUGCUUGCAAAAAUACUCAUAUGUGCUGGGAGCAUGGGAAACAUUGGGGACGUUUUACAGCUCUGUCUGGAGUGUCAGGACACGGUAUCACUAUAUAGAUUGGCUCUGCGCUCUAUCCAAGAGGUCAUGCCAAAUGCAAACGAUAAGGAUAUUAUGCGGGAGGUUCUCUGCUUGAUCAGUGUCAGCCACAAUGGAGUGAGUGAAAGUGAGCUGAUGGAACUCUGUCCUGGACUGACGUGGACAGUACUAUCCUACCUGAUAUAUCAUCUUCAUAACAUGGUAUUACUAAGGUACAGCUGUGGUCUGCUUCAGUUCCAGCACUUACAGGCAUGGGAAGCUGUAAGAAUGGAGUACAUGCAAGGAGGACAGAAUAUUGUAUCUGAAUACAGAGAAAAACUCAUAAAACACUUUACAGCACAGCUAAGUCAAGAUAGAGUGACGUGGAGAAGUGCCGAUGAACUCACGUGGCUCUACCAACAACAAGGGGAAAAGCAGAAACUGCACAAGUGUCUUAUGAAUCUCUUUGUAGCCCAAAAUCUUUACAAACGGGGACAUUUUGCUGAAUUGCUCAACUACUGGCAAAUGGUGGGAAAAGACAAAACUUCAAUGGCCACUGAGUAUUUUGAUGCUCUAAAACAAUAUGAAAAGAGCUGUGACGGGGAGGAGAGCAUGAUCCGCCUUGCAGACCUCUAUGAAACACUGGGACAAUUUCUCAAAGAUUUGGGCCUUCUUAGUCAUGCUGUGACCCCGCUGCAACGCUCACUCGAGAUUCGAGAGACUGCAUUGGAUCCUGACCAUCCAAGUGUAGCUCAAUCACUACACCAACUCGCAGGAGUUUAUCUUCAAUCUAAGAAGUUUGGAAAUGCUGAGCAACUGUACAAGCAGGCCUUAGAAAUCAGCGAAAAUGCUUAUGGCAGUGAACACCUGAGAGUAGCUCGAGAACUUGAGUCAUUGGCUGUGUUAUAUCAAAAACAAAACAAGUAUGAGCAAGCCGAACAAUUAAAGAAGAAAUCACUGAGAAUUCGCCAGAAAGCCGCCAGGCAGAAAGGGAGUAUGUAUGGGUAUGCUUUAUUGCGUCGUCGAGCUCUGCAACUAGAAGAACUCACCUUAGGCAAAGACACCUCUGACAAUGCUCGGACACUGAAUGAACUUGGUGUGCUUUACUAUUUGCAGAAUAACCUAGAAACAGCAGAAAUGUUUCUGAAACGCUCGUUGGAAAUGAGGCAGCGAGUUUUAGGUCCAGAUAACCCUGACUGUGCUCAGUCCCUAAACAAUCUGGCUGCACUGUACAAUGAAAAGAAGGACUACGACAAGGCAGAAGAGCUGUAUGAGCGGGCAUUGGACAUCCGCAGGAGAGCUCUGUCCCCUGACCACCCAUCCUUGGCCUACACUGUCAAGCAUCUCGCUGUACUCUACAAGAGAAAAGGAAAGCUUGAUAAGGCUAUGCCACUUUAUGAGCUGGCUGUGGAUAUUCGGCAGAAGUCUUUCGGCCCAAAGCACCCCAGUGUUGCCACCGCAUUGGUGAACCUUGCAGUUCUCUACUGUCAGAUGAAAAGGCAAGUGGAGGCUCUACCUCUAUAUGAACGUGCCAUGAAGAUCUACGAAGAUAGCUUGGGCCGAGUGCACCCUAGGGUUGGAGAAACACUAAAAAAUUUAGCUGUUUUAAGGUACGAACAAGGAGAUUUUGAAAAGGCAGCAGAACUGUAUAAAAGGGCAAUGGAAAUUAAAGAAGCAGAAACAUCAGUCUUAGGAGGGAAAGCUCCCUCUGGGCAUUCUUCUAGUGGUGGAGAUACUUACAGUCUCCGAAAUAACCUACCAGCCAAUGCUUUCUCUGAGUGAGGAGGGGAAGAUACCUCCUCUGAUCAGCAGGGUUAACUCCAGCAGUUAAAUAAUGGACAUGGCAUCUUGGCACUUUGGUAUACCAGCUGCUGGGUCCAGGAAUACAAAUAUAACAUCAUUUUAAAUACACAGGUUUUCUUUUAUUGAAGCAGGCUGCUUUCCAAAGAUUUGUAGCGUACUUCCAUUGUAAAUUGUCCUCAUUUUACCACACCCUUUUCUGCAUCUGAAGGUAUGACAUGGAGAUCGGAGUUAUAUAUUUUGGGAACAGUGAUUCAAUUAUGCCAGUUUACUUUGAUGAGACUAAGAUUAGCUUUAACUGGAGAUACAAAUAUUAGAUAUAAUAUAGAUUAUAUCUUCAGGUGAUUUUUAAGAAUAAAGAGAGACACAGAAUUGGGCACUAACGCCAUUGUAGGGAUUUGUUCCCGAGAAAAAUAAUAUCCAUCAGUUGCAGUCAGAUAAAUAGCGUUUUGAAAGAUUUAUAGCCAGCUUUGUUUUGUAUCCAUCUGUACAAAGGGUAAAACAUUUCUGUGCUGCACUCCUCUUAAUGUGACUUUGGGGAUGGAGAUAUUGAUGUGGUUUAUGGUUUUUACCUGCACUAUAUCUAAAGAGAUAUGAACUGUGAAUUAAAAAAAACAGCACACUUGUAUUAAUGAAGAUGAGAAAUGAAUAGAUUCAGUAUUGCUUGGAUUUGUGUGUGAAAUGAGGCCAGUAUUAAAUAAAAAUGUAUUUUCAUUAAUGAACCAUUACAACAAGCAUAUUGGUACUCUAUUGUUUAGAACUCUAGUCCUUUCCCCCUGAUAAUGCUAGAAAGCUAGCUGCCUGCUUUGCUAGCAUGGCAGUGGUAAAAUCCUUGUCAGCAAAAUAAAGCACCACAUACUACAUACUAAGUCGUGACAAAAAAACAUUGUACACAGGCCCAUCCAUUUACCUCGAUAUAUACUAACGUGUUGGGAAUUGAAAGCAAAUGUAAAUUUUAGGACCAAAAUAACUGAAUUGGAAAAUAGAGAUACUUUGAAUUCGUUGUGAAAUUUUAAAAAUUAACAGUUUAGUGAAAAAUGCUCACAGUGAUGGACAAUAAAAAACAAAAGAUACAUCAGAGCCAUAUUCAGUAAAAUGCAGAUGGCAGUCAGCAGUCUUUAUUGUAUCUGAAGACUGAUAUAUGACUGAAAUAUAACUUUCUCCAAAGAUGCCAUUUACGUUGAGGAGUGAAAUAUUCUGCAUGAUUUACCAUACAAAGCACAUUCUGAGGUAAAAAUGUUCUCCAGCUAAUACAUCUCUUCAGGGAAAAAAAGUCACAGACACCUACAGUACCAAAAGUUAGCCAUUAGUGGUAAAAGUAAUUUAUGAAAGAAAACACUUUAAACCCACUUUUAACAAUGUCAACAGUUAUAUGAUCACAAGUAAGUUUUCAUUUAAAUUACAGAAAAGUAUUAGACUGGGUUUUCAAUGUGAUAUUGCACUAUUGUAAUGCAUACAGUGUUGCUUACUUAAGUAAAACUUAAAUGAAAUGUUAAAUUUUAGGUGAAACUAGCCGAAGUCAAAUUAUCUAAGCCAACUUAGAUAUUUAUUCCAGUUAAGCGAUUUGGACCUUAAAUGUGCAUUUCACUUUGAAUAUUUACUUCAAAUGCACUUUCCAGAAUAUUUACUUUAUUACUCUAUCUCUGUGCAAAAAAAACAAAACAAAAACCUGAUAUUUAUUUGUAUAUUUUACAUACCAGAUUUUGUUUUUUUAUAUCAAUUUAAAUGUAUAGUCA